AUGGAGUUGUCUUUGCCCUUCUCAUUGCAAAGGGAUUUUCCCGUACAGUCAAGAGGAAUUAUAAAAACAAUAGGAUCUCAGAAUAUCCCUUUUUCAGUUUCUUGCUCAUCUGUCAAAACUGUCCGCAGUCCUUCACUAGACAAGCAUGUUGUGAAGCAAAACAAGAUACGUUUUGUCCAAAAGCUACAAACACUGCUUCUUUCCAAACCGAAGUGCUAUAUUCCAAUUCAUAUUCUCAAUAAGUGUCGAGCCUACCUUUCCCUAUCAAAGCCACGAUCCAUUCUCUCAAUGAUUCAUCGAUACCCUACUAUUUUUGAACUCUUCUCAAUCCCAACAGCUCCCUUGCCAUCCAAUGCAACUAAAUCAUUAUCACAACUCUGUGUCCGUCUAACCCCAGCUGCGGCAGCCCUUGCUGCUGAGGAAUUAAGUCUCAAAUCAGCCAUCUCUGACUCCUUGGCCACCAAACUCCAGAAACUUCUUAUGCUCUCUUCUCAUCAUCGACUACUUCUGUCAAAGUUGGUUCACCUAGCUCCAGAUCUUGGUCUUCCCCCUAAUUUUCGCUCUCAUCUAUGCAAUGACUAUCCAAAUAAAUUCAAGACUGUUGACACCUCCUAUGGCCGUGCACUUGAGCUUGUCUCCUGGGACCAAGACUUGGCAAAGCCUUUACCAUGUCCAGAAGUUCAGUCACGUGAGUUAAUAGUAGACAGACCUUUGAAAUUCAAGCAGUUGACGCUCCGAAAGGGUCUAAAUUUGAAGAGGCGUCACCAAGAUUUUUUGCUCAAAUUCAAAGAAAUUCCGGAUGUGUGCCCGUACAAUACCCCCAUCUCAGACUUGCCUAAAGAGUCAAUUGAGGCAGAGAAGAGAGCUUGUUUGGUGGUGAGAGAAGUGCUAGGGAUGACGGUUGAAAAGAGAACUUUGAUAGACCACUUGACUCAUUUUAGGAAUGAUUUUGUGCUGUCCAACAAGUUGAGAGGGAUGAUCAUACGGCACCCGGAGUUAUUCUAUGUGAGCUUGAAAGGGCAGAGAGAUUCAGUGUUUUUAGUGGAGGGUUUUGAUGACAAGGGUGCACUGUUGGAGAAGAAAGAGGCUUUGGUGAUAAAGGAAAAGUUGAUGCGGUUGGUUAGAGAAAGCAAGAGACUAAGAAGAGAGAGGAAGAAAGCUAGGAUUAACAACACUGAGAUUGGUGGCUCUAGUGAUGACUUUGAGUCCGAUGGUGAUGAUGAUGAUGACGACUAUGAUGACGGUUUUCAGAGUUUGUUUGAGCCUGAAGAUUUUUAUGUGGAUGAUGAUGUUGAUAAGAAGGGUGAGAUAAUUGACUACAGGGAGAAAGGGCAGUUUUGGACUGUUGAUGCUCAUUUUGUUCAUGAUGGCGGGAAGCAACAAAUGGAACCUUGGUAGAAAAGAAUGUCAAGUGUUCAGAUCUUACCAGAAAAUAAUCAAAGUGCGAGGAUAGUAUUAUGGCAGUUAUAUGAAUGACUGUAAAGAUGAAGUCUCACAGUCUGUAUCUAUAUAUAUGAAGCAAAUGGCCCUUCACCUAAAGGGCCAUGAAGUGGCACAGAUAAUUGAUCAAGCUCUUCAUGGAGGCAACAUAUGCAUAAAGAUAGCUGAUUCGUGAAUGUCCAGUGCAGCAACUCAGUUCUCAACCUCUGCAUCAAUGGCCCCAUUACCUUUGUGCUGUUCUUGUAUGUAUGUCAACUCAAAAAGUGGUUUCACUUGGAAUUUCCUUUCGCGAGCGUGAGCAUAGGUAUGAAUCAUGGAAUUACCUUUCACUGUUUACAUUGAUUCUAGUCACUUUGAUAUAUUUCGACUAUGCUGUUACUCCUAAUGUUUGAUUAACAUCUGUGAAUGAAAUAGUUGAUACACUAUUUCAUUUCUACGAAAAACAGGAAAUUGUUGUUGGCCAACACUAGAACUCAUCAUUGCUGCCAAAACUAGAACUCGUCAGGCAUAUAUAUACUCUAUUUUUCUGUACAGUGAGGCACUGUAUCUACUGAAGCAACUGCCAAACUGAUUCACUUGCGAUGGUAAUAUUGGACAUUAAUACUAGACCAAUGGUGGGUGCUGCCAUGCUGGUUCAAGAGCGGCACUUACAAGGAGUCCUGCACUUAGGCGCGCGUCAAGGGAGACCUUUAAAUUCUAAGAUUGGUACGAGGAGCAGAUUUCAUGAAGAAUAUGAGGAAUGUGGGGUGGAGCAGCUAGUCCCGCACCCGCAGCACUAUGCUGGGGAAGGAGGAUGGCAGGGUGUUCAUACCGAGAGUGGCUUUCGGUUGACUAUUUUUGGGCUUCUUCCAUGUGAUAUUAUAUUUUCUUAUAUACCAAACAGUCUUCAUCCCGUCUCGCUACUGUUCAGAAGUCCGCAGUUAGUGAAACGGGAUGAAGACAUUCAAACUGAGUGUCCUCUAACCAGUUUGAAUGUGUUUAGGCUGCGUGACUGUUGAUCAAACUUUUGGCAUCAACAAUUUUUUAUCUACACUUUGCAAAACACGUUCCUUUUCGUUAGGAACCCUCGGUUUGAAGGUGUACUCAACUCAUUGUAUAUAUAUUGUACACACAUUAUUUCGAGUA